GAUGCUAAACAUAUCUCCUCUUCAUUAUCGACUUGUGGUUUAUGUACAACACCCUUUACAUGCGAUAUCGCGAUUCAUAUGGACGAACAUUGGACAAACAAUGAUUUACAAUGCCGGCUAUGCAAUUAUUGUGGCAGAGAUUUUGCAGACAUGAUAACUCAUAGUUUUCAACACAACCCCAAAAAGAAAUUAGUGUGUCAUGUAUGUAAAAAGAAAAAGGCGUCGAUACUGUCUCUACAGUUUCAUUUCAGAUCGGUACACUUACAAAAAACGGGUGGUAUUUGUUCUAUUUGUAGCAAAACUUUUAAAAAAUUCAAGACUUGGAAGAGACACGAACGACUACACAACGAAAAUAGCUUGUUUAUUUGCGAUCACUGCGGAAGAAAAUUUUUGUACAAACACGAAAUCAAAUCACAUCUUAUUUACCACACGGAUGUGAGGCUAUUCGUUUGUGAAACAUGCGGAAAAGGUUUCAAAAGAAUGUCUGGCUUAAAGGACCACAUCGAAAAUCUUCACAGGACAAGGCAACCGGUGAAAUGCGGCCACUGCGACAAAACGUACAAAAGUCAAAGUAAAUUAGAAAUACAUUUACGGAACGUUGCUAAGGACAAGCCAUUCAUUUGUGAAGUCUGCUCGAAGAGAUUUAUAUCUGAGAAAGUUUUGCAGAAACAUAUGUUCUGGCACACCGGCGAGAGACCUCACCGGUGCGAAGUUUGCGGCUCGAGAUAUAAAGCAAAGGGGCAGCUGAAUAUACACAUGAGAAACCACACGGGUUUUAUGCCUCAUAAAUGUGUUGAUUGUUGGAAAAGUUUUCCAGCCGCGAAACAGUUAAAAAGACACCAAAGCGUUCACACGGGCGUCCGAGCCUACAAAUGCGAAUACUGUGAAAGGUCUUUUCAUGAAAAGAAAACCAUGUUGGAACACGCAACUCAGCACAAAAGCGCUCAGAACGUUAAAUCGGAAAACUAAUAAUUGAUUAAUCAUAAUUGCGUGUUUCUUAUUUAAACUAACGCUUUGAACAAAUUGAAUGACAAUGAUAACAAUUUCAAUAAUAUGUUUCAAACAAUUUGAUUAUUUUAAUUUAAAAUUAUGAAAAUAAAGAUAUAGAAAAAAAAAGUGAUUUUUGAUAUAAAAUCUUUCACCUUUCAAAUUGUCUCAUUUAAUAUUUCCUUUUACGCUGUACUGUGUUAAUAUGUAUAUUAUACAAUUGUGA